AUAUUUCAUAAUGGUUAAACUACUACAUAGUUAUAAUCAGUAGAUGAUUACCUUGUUCAGUUGAGGAACGAACUUUAAGCUCCAUCCGUGAAUUUUCUUGUUGCUUGUAUUAUAGAUCGUGAAGAGCACCAAAAUCUAGAGACGACCAAGUUAUCAUAUAUCAUUCAUUUUAUUUGCGCAGGUUCAAAGGCGCAUUGAAUGCAUUGACUCAUCAAAGACACAAAAACGUUUUGGUUCUGAACAAGCUGUUCCAGACAGAGGUUGCAAAAUAUCAUCCCUAGAAAAGAUUUUCAGAGCUUAGCGCCAUAUUUCUCGCCUAGAAGAUUUCUUUCUUUGUGCAGCGAAGCGCGGGGAGUUUGAAAAUGGUUUGCGCAAAGGUGUUGCGUCUAUUUAUACUGCUGAUAUUAAGUGUCUCUGUCAUCCCUGCUAUAUCGACUAAAAAGGCGCACAGGAUACGACGUUCUGGUCCAAAUGUGUGUGGCUCGCAGUGUUGCUCGGGAUGGCAGUCAGCACAACGCGGUCGCUCUGGCCAAGGACUCUGUAUUUUACCGAUCUGUAACGUGAAUUGUGGUACAGGAAUCUGUGUUAGUCCAAAUCUUUGUCUAUGUGAGGAUGGACAGACUGCAUCUCAAUGCACUCAGACAGGAUGUAAAGCCUUUUGUUUGAAUGGUGGUACCUGUAAGGAUGAUAAAUGUAUCUGUGUUCAAGGAUAUGAAGGAAGAUUUUGUGAAAAUCCUACCUGUGAUAAACCUUGUCUAAAUGGAGGCGAAUGUAUUCGUCCAAAUACUUGUGCUUGUCCUCCUGGUUUUGCUGGUCCGGAAUGUCAGUCCGAUUUACGUCAAGGACCUUGUUUCAAAGAAAUUAAAGAUUCGAAAUGCAGUGGGCAAAUAACGACCCUGCUCUGCACGAAGGAGAUGUGUUGCGCAACUGUUGGAAAAGCCUGGGGACAACCAUGUGAAGCAUGCCCGGAUAAACCAGCUCCCUGUGCUAUCGGAUAUGUACCUAAUUUCGCCACACGAGAAUGUUUAGAUAUUGAUGAAUGUAAAGCAGUACCUGGCGUCUGUCCAGCUAAUGUAAAAUGUAUAAACACUGUUGGUAGUUAUCGCUGUGGAAAAUGCGCUUCUGGAUUCACGUUUAAUGAUCAACUAAAGAGAUGUGUUAAACCUACUGUAACCCCCGCUGUUCGUAAAGACUUGUGCUUCAGGCAAAUUCUUAGCGACAAUUGUAUUUUACCGUUGUCGAACAAUCUUACAAAGUCCUCGUGUUGUUGUGGUGAAGUUGCUGGUGCUGGUUGGAGCUCCAAUUGUUUAACCUGCCCUUUACAAGAUUCCAGUGAAUAUGAUACUUUGUGUGGAAAUUUGGGCGAGUGUAGUUUUGAAGGCGAUGUUUGUGGUGGGAAUAUCGGUGAAUGUAGGACGACAGAAUCUGGUCUUACCUGUGUUUGUGCUAUUGGUUAUAACUAUGAUCCUGACCAGAAACUUUGUGUUGAUGUAGAUGAAUGUGAUGGUGGCGGCUUGAUCUGCACAAACGCUUUAUGUUAUAACACACCUGGUAGCUUCAGGUGUGAUUGCAAACUAGGUUUUGUUCCCGACCCGUUUGACAGAUUGAGAUGCACCCGUACUAGUGUCCGUAUCAGUACCCCUCCUUUGGGACUAACCAAUCCUGACUCUCCAACACCUUCUCCUCCAGUGUCCUCUACACCAUCUGGUGUGUGCUCUCGUGUCGGUCAGCGAUGUGAUAAUGGUGAAUGUGUUAGGGUAGAUGGUGUCAUCAAGUGUCGCUGUGUUAGUGGCUUUAAUGAUACAACGGGGAAAUGUGAGGACGUUGAUGAGUGUCAAGAGGACAGCAAUGUUUGUGAGAAUGGUAUGUGUAUCAACGAGAUUGGAGGAUACCGCUGUCAAUGUGCUGCGGGCUACAUUACAUCCAGCGAUAAGAAAAGCUGUGUUGACCGUAAUGAAUGUGAAGAAUCAUCGAAAUGUUCCAACGGUCGUUGCAUAAACACAAAGGGUGCAUGGCGUUGUACUUGUAAUCAAGGAUUUACUUUGAGUGACGAUAAAAAAUCUUGUAUUGACAAUGACGAAUGCACCACUAUUGCUGACGUUUGCAUGAAUGGCCGCUGUAUCAAUACUGCUGGCGACUAUGAAUGUAGAUGUAAUACUGGCUACACUACAUCUACAGAUAAACACAUGUGUCUAGAUACUAUGGUAUCGAUGUGCUACGCAAAAUAUGAUAACAAUGUUUGUAGUCAGGCGUUAUUUAGAUCAUUAACCAUCUCUCAAUGCUGUUGUGGUAAAGAUAAUACUGGCGAGAGCCGCCGGGCAUGGGGAAGUCCCUGUAUGGCUUGUCCCGUACCUGACACUGAUGAGUACACAAAGGUAUGCGUAAAUGGUGCCGGUAAAGAUAGUGGUGGAAAAGAUGUUGAUGAAUGUUCAAAUAAUGUCGGCUCACAAACGGUGUUGUGUGAAAAUGGACAAUGUCGGAACACAAACGGGGAUUAUUCUUGUGAUUGUAACGUCGGCUACAGAAGAACAACUGACAGCAAGACAUGUAAUGAGAUUAACGAAUGUCGUGAAAAUCCGUCACUUUGCAAUCGUGGCCGAUGUGAAAAUUCACCUGGUAGCUAUCGUUGUGUAUGUCCUGCAGGUUUUGUAUUUGAUUCAAGAACCAGAGGAUGCGAAGACGUGAACGAAUGCAGCAACAAGGGACAAUGUGUUGAUGGCACUUGUGUGAACACGAUCGGUAGCUUCCUUUGUCGUUGUCCACAAGGAUUCACUUUGGAUUCCAAUGGUCGCUAUUGUCGAGAUUUACGUAAGGGAAAAUGUUGGAGAUUCAUAAGUGACACUAAUGUCUGUGAAGACAAUGUUAAUGGUGAUGUUACUCGCGAAGUGUGUUGUCAAACCCUUGGAAAAGGCUGGGGUAGUCCUUGUCAGAAAUGUGACACCAUCGGUAAAAGAUGUCGUAGUGGGUUUUUAUAUGACAAUUUUACUUGUGUCGAUAUUGACGAAUGUCAAGCGUUCCCAGGUAUAUGCCGCAAUGGACGAUGUUUAAACACUCCUGGAAGCUAUCAAUGUGUUUGCUCUGAAGGAUUGACUUUGGAUGAAAGUAAAAGUGUCUGUCUUGAUCUGCGAGAUGGCGUGUGCUAUCAAGCCGUGACACGUGAUCAAUGUACUCAACCGGUCAGUGGGUUAUACAAGAAAGAUAUCUGCUGUUGCUCAGUUGGUGCAGCCUGGGGCAGACCCUGUCAAGAAUGUCCUCUAAGAAAUAGCAGGGAGUUCAACGAACUGUGUCGGCAAACUACUCUCACAGUGUUUGACGAGUGCACUGUAUUUCCUGAUAUUUGUAUAAACGGUGAAUGCAUUGAUACAAGUGGCAGUUUCCUAUGUGAAUGUCGAUCAGGUUUUGCUCUUGAUCAAACCGGCAAAAAUUGCACAGAUAUCAACGAAUGUCAGAUUACUCCGGAUUUAUGCGGUAAUGGAACAUGCAUUAACACGGCUGGUGGAUUCCGAUGUAAUUGUCGAGAAGGAUUCAAGAAUGCACCGAUGAUGAUGGAAGUCUGUAUUGAUGUGAAUGAAUGUGAUGAUUUACCGAACCCUUGUCAAGGGGGUACUUGUGUAAAUACUAUUGGUAGCUUCAAGUGCGAGUGUCCUACAGGAAAGCGAAUGGACUCUAGUGGAUUGAUGUGUCAAGAUAUUAAUGAAUGUGCUGAGAAUUCAUUCAUUUGUCCGAACGGCAACUGCCAAAACUUUAUGGGUGGCUAUCAAUGUGCAUGUUUUCCUGGAUUCGUCUCGAGUGAUGAUAUGAAAAGUUGUAUAGAUGUGAAUGAGUGUGAAACAGAAAAUGGACAAUGUGAAGCAACGUGCGAGAACACAAUUGGAAGUUAUCGUUGUUCGUGUCCCCCAGGAAUGAGAUUACGACUCGAUGAACGAACUUGUGGCGAUAUCGAUGAAUGUGUUGAAACUCCAAAUAUUUGUGGUAUUGGUAACAAAUGUCAGAAUGUUCAUGCUGGACACGAGUGCAUUUGUUCAGAUGCUUACGCUUUGUCUGAAGACCGCAAAUCUUGUAUUGAUAUCGAUGAAUGCAUAACGGACCCGAAUUUAUGUCGCAAUGGGCAAUGUCAAAAUUUACUCGGAUCUUAUCAAUGUAUUUGUCCUCGGGGAUUUUUCAUUGAUGAAACUACUUCUGUCGCUGUUUGUUCUGAUGUAAACGAGUGCGAGAGUGAUGAGAUAAACGAUUGUGGAAGAAACUCGUUUUGUAUGAACACGAUUGGAUCUUACAGCUGCUCUUGUCUCAAUGGCUUUAGAAAAAUAGCAAACAUUUGUCGUGACGUGGACGAAUGUCGUGAGUCAGAACUACGAAAUAUUUGCGGUAAUAAUUCGCAAUGUCGAAACACCGAUGGCAGUUACUCAUGUGAAUGUCGUCAGGGAUAUUUUCUGGCCAGUGAUGGCGCGUGUAAAGAUGUCGAUGAAUGUCGUAUUCUUGACAAUGUUUGCGCGAAUGGGAAAUGUCUCAACCUUCCUGGAUCCUAUCAAUGCGAUUGUGAUUUUGGGUAUUUGCAAACUUUUAAUGAAAAAGGAUGUGAAGAUCUGGAUGAAUGUGAAGUGAUGAAAGAAUUCUGUCAUCAUGGACGGUGUGAAAAUAUCCCAGGAUCAUUUCAAUGUAUUUGUGAUAAAGGAUUUCAAUUAAAUCGCUACAAUAAUAAUUGCACAGACACUAACGAAUGCCAAGAGUCCGGAAUGUGCCUCAAUGGUCGAUGUGUUAACGAAAUGGGAAAAUACCGUUGCGAGUGCGAUGAAGAUUUUGUGCCAAAUCCCACGAACACGGCUUGCAUCGAUACUCGGAAAGGAAAUUGUCACUUGGUGAAAGAUAGCGAAACCGAUUCUUGCAGUUAUCUUAUCACAGACAGCGUUUUACGCAGCAUUUGUUGUUGUUCUGUUGGUACAACAUGGAAUGAUUGUGAAGAAUGUCCAAAAAAUGGCACUGAUGAAUACAGGCAUCUCUGUCCUAGUGUUGGCGGAUAUAUUGUCGAUCCUAACACAACAUCGCUCAUUGAUAUUGAUGAGUGCAAGUUCCCGAGAAUUUGCGUUGAUGGGACGUGCACCAACACGCUAGGAAGUUUCAUGUGCACUUGUUCAAAAGGUUUUGAAUACAACCAUGAAAUUGGCGUUUGUGAAGAUAUUAAUGAAUGUGAGAUUGACAGAUUCAUAUGUGGCUUUACUGGAGUAUGUAUAAACAACGAAGGAAGUUACGAAUGUCAAUGUCCUCCAGGAGAAGCAAUGAUUGGAACUGUUUGCAUUGAUGAGCGUCCACAGCUUUGUUUCGGAGACAAACAAGACUUGAGCAACGUGGAAAGUUUGUUUCCAGGUCCUUCGUGUAAUGAAUCAAUAACAUAUCGUCCUAUUACACGAACAGAAUGUUGCUGUAGCAAGGGAACAGCUUACGGUCCUCCUGAUAUGUGCAAACUCUGUCCAUUACCUCUUACUGAUGAAUACUAUGCAUUGUGCGCCAUUGUAAGACCUACUCCUACACCAAUUAGAGGUAUUGGUGGCACUGCUUUUCCUCCUGGUGGAACUCCAGGGGUGAUUCCCAUCACUGACGUGGAUGAAUGUUCAUUUCUUAGAAAUCCUUGUGGUAUGGGAACAUGUCGCAAUACUUAUGCUUCAUAUGAAUGUGACUGUGAAAAAGGUUUCGCUGUCAAGAAUGGAAAUCCCCGAUGUGAAGAUCAAAACGAAUGUUUACUCAAUCCUUGUUUUGGUGGGGAGUGUAAGAAUACCUUUGGCAGUUUCAUGUGUAGUUGUGAAGUGGGUUAUGUAGUUGAUGAAACAGGUGUCAACUGUGUUGACCACAAUGAAUGUCAUCUUAACGAUACUUGCGUCAAUGGUAAUUGUAUCAAUGAAGAUGGUGGUUACAGAUGUGAAUGCGACCAGGGUUAUCAGCCAAUCAGAACAGGCAAAGCUUGUGCAGAUGUUGACGAGUGCUUUAAUGGCAUAAGUAAAUGUCAGAAUGGCACAUGCGUGAAUACUCCUGGUUCAUAUUCCUGUCAGUGUGAUGAAGGAUUUCGGGAAGACUCCAGACAUGCCUGCCAAGAUAUCGAUGAGUGUGCUGAAUCAGGAACUCAGAUUUGUCGAAAUGGAGUGUGUAAGAAUGAAUUUGGUGGUUUCACUUGUCUUUGCAAUGUUGGAUACGUGUUAAACGCAACAGAAAAACACUGUCGAGAUAGGAAUGAAUGUCUGGAGAUAGAAAAUUUUUGUUUGAACGGCACCUGUACCAACACUCUUGGCGGCUCAAUAUGUGAAUGUCGGGAUGGAUUUUCUUUGAAUCCCUCUGGAGAUUCUUGUAUUGACAUCAACGAAUGUGAUGAUGACCCCAAUCUUUGUCAAAUGGAUGGUAAUUGCGUGAAUACGGCUGGAAGCUUCGAGUGUGUUUGUCCUGUUGGUUAUGAAGUGGCUAACUAUGGCAAAAUGUGUGUUGACAUGCGCAAAGGGUAUUGUUUUAAUGAUUACGACGACCGUGGUUGUAGCAAUCCCAGGAUGAUUUUGUCAACAAAGCAAGUUUGUUGCUGUACACGUGGAGCAGGUUGGGGUGAUCCAUGUGACAUAUGCCCUGUCGAACAAACAGAGGCAUUCAGUUUACUUUGUAGUAAAGGUCAUGGAUAUGCCGUAAAGAACAAUACAGUCGAUGAUGUCAACGAAUGCGAAUACGAUCGUCUGUGUGCUAAUGGUCGUUGCGUUAACAACGAUGGCAGCUUCCGCUGUGAAUGUUUUGCCGGCUAUCAGCUCGAUGAAUUUGGAAGAAAUUGUGAAGACAUUGAUGAAUGUGCGAAACCAGGGAUCUGUGGUAAUGGUACAUGUAACAACCAGCUUGGCAGUUAUUCUUGUGAUUGCGCUUCUGGAUUCAAACGUGGUCGUUUCUCACCCACAUGUGAAGAUAUUGAUGAAUGUUCUGAGACAAGAAACCUCUGUGCAUUCCGUUGUGUUAAUAAUGCUGGCUCAUAUCAAUGCAUCUGUCCUCGAGGAUACAAACUUCAUACAAACAAGAGACAUUGUAUAGACGUGGACGAGUGCAAAACCGGAACACACAACUGCCGUUAUGUUUGUAAAAAUUUCCAUGGUGGUUUUAAAUGCAUUUGUCCCGAGGGUUUCCGGCGUUCUGCUGGCGGAAGUUGCAUUGACAUCAAUGAAUGUAGAGAAGGCUCGAGUCGUUGUCGUGAUGGCAAUUGUCGCAAUACCCCCGGUAGUUAUAUCUGCGACUGCAAUGAAGGAUAUAAGCGGACAUCUGAUGGCAGAAGUUGCGAGGAUCUUACUCGUGGCUUAUGUUUUGCUCAAGUUGAUAACGGAUUAUGCAAGGCAUCAACAAAGAUAAUGAUACUAGUGACAAAGAGUGAUUGCUGUUGUACUGCAGGAAUAGCUUGGGGUAGUCAGUGUACAAUAUGUCCUCGAAAAAAUACAGUUGAACACAGGAGACUGUGUGUUCCGUUUCAGAAAACGAUGGACGAAUGCAAAAUGAUAUUCGGGUUGUGUCCCAAUGGGAAAUGCAUCAACACUGCCGACUCGUAUCGUUGUAUGUGUCACCAGGGAUACAAGCUUAGGCGAGAUGGAAAAAGUUGUGUAGACAUCAAUGAAUGUCAUAGAAUACCGAAACCAUGUCGUACUGAAUGCAUAAACACACCUGGAAGUUAUAGAUGUAAAUGUCCUUCUGGUUAUGAAGAAAUAUCUGGCAGAUGUCAAGACAUAAACGAGUGUCGAAACUCUUCUGUUUGUCCUCAACAAUGUGUUAACACCUUGGGAAGUUACAGAUGUUCAUGUCGACAGGGAUAUCAAUGGCAGGGGACGUCAUGUGUAGACAUAAACGAAUGUGAUCGCCGAAAUGUCUGUCGUUUCGGUUCUUGUGUCAAUCAAGAUGGAUCGUAUACAUGUUUAUGUCGACAUGGUUAUAGAUAUAACUCUCAGACUAAGACCUGUGUUGAUCUUAACGAGUGCAACGUCCGAAGUUGUCAAGGUACAUGUGUGAACAUCAAUGGUGGAUACAGGUGUGGAUGUCCCAGUGGCUUUGUAAGACAAUUAUACUGGAAUCAGUGCAUCGAUGUGAAUGAAUGUACUACAGGUGCAAAUAAAUGCGGUCGUACAAAAUGUUUCAACAUUCAAGGUGGAUAUCGAUGUUAUUGUCCGCGUGGAUAUCUACUGGAUCAAUCUAGCAUGACCUGCAUUGAUAAGAAUGAAUGUGUCCGCAAUCCUUGCUCAACAGCAGGUUGUCACAACAUUCGGGGUGGUUUCCAAUGCUCUUGCCCAACAGGAUUUUAUGCCGUUGGCGGAGGUCAUUGUAUAGCGAGGUACGCUCAGCAAAGACUAAAAGGCGUUGUGACGCAAAACAAAUACAAGUUUGGUGAGAAACCGAAGACUCAACGUGAAGUUACCCCAUCUAGAUACUACAAAGAUACCUCACAAACUCCGUUCAAAUCACAAUGGGGAUAUCGUCGCACUCAAACAAGAUAUACUAAAUCAGAUCCGUAUCGUUACACAUAUUCUUACAGCUCUUCGUCAUCUGGACGAAGAAGAAGACGCGCAUCUCACUUUGUACACAAGUUGAAUAUAGACAUUCAGCAAAACGCGACUGCUCUCCAAAACCUGCUCGUCUUAACACCAGUUUUGGAGAGCUUGCAGAAGAAGUUUCAUUAUGAAAUUGUUCGUGGUAAUCGUAGUUUGUUUGCUGUGAAAAUUGAAAAUGGAUUAAGCUUCGUUUUUGCAAAGAAGACUUUGAGGGUUGGUCGUUAUCGUCUCUAUCUUAAAGGAAAGCUUAGAAAUGCAGGAAUGUCUUCUGUAUUUGCUAGUCAGAGCCACAUUGAUUUUGAUGGUAAAGGAGACGUCAAGGAGAAGGUAAUAAACUCACAGCGAUCUGAAAUAUCUUUGAAUGAAAUUAAUGGCCUUUCUGAAGCUCGAAAGUUUCAUCUUCUUAUCGCCAUCAAUGUUCAAUGAUACUUGACAAAAUUCAUUUGUGUUUAAAUGUAAUUAGUCGUUCUUUAACUACAAUUCAGCUAUUGUUUGCAAUGUUUUAUUGAAUUGCAUCAACUUGACGGAUGUCUAAUUUUUGUAAAUUAUAGUGAAUGAAAUUAAAUGAGACUUAGAAAAGCGUUAUUGUAUUUCAACUAAUACUUGUACAUGUAUCAAUUAUUACAUUUCCUAUUUUGAAGUCA